GGCACAGAGCGCUGGCAGGGGAGUUCUGCCCUACACCGGUAGUACCUGGCCAUUCCGAGAGAGUAUCGGUGCGAAUAGAGAAAAUAAUUGAGGACAAGAGAAUAACCUUAGAAAGCCGUCAGUAGCUCGCCCGAUACUGAGUGCCUCUGCCAGCCACAGACUCCCGUGCCCACGUGCCCAGAGAUGAAGGACUCCGAGUGUAAUGGCACCUCCUCUCCCGGGGAGCACCCUGUGCCUCCCGGCCUGCACCGCUCCGGAGAAUCCGCUUCCUCCCCGGGCUGCGGCCCCCGGUGCCGCCGGUUCCUACGGGGAAAUGUGCUGGUGUUGCUGACGGUGCUGGGAGUGAUCAUGGGCGCAGGGCUGGGGAUGGCAGUGAGGCCGCUCAAUAUGUCCAAAGCCCAUAUCGCCUCUUUCUCCUUCCCGGGGGAGCUGCUGCUGCGCCUGCUGAAGAUGAUCAUCCUGCCGCUGGUGGUCUGCAGUCUGGUAUCCGGGGCCGCUUCCCUCCAGCCCUCCGCUCUCGGCAAGCUCGGAGGAUGGGCCAUGCUCUUCUUCCUCAUCACCACGCUGCUGGCUUCAGGGCUGGGAGUCUGCCUGGCACUGCUAAUCCGACCGGGGGUGGGAGCCCAGGUGGCACUUGGGCAAGGGGGUGGCAUCCCAGAGGGCAAGGAGGUGGUAGACUCGUUCCUGGAUCUGAUCCGAAAUAUUUUUCCAUCAAACUUGGUGUCUGCUGCUUUUCAGUCGUAUGCCACAAGUUAUAAACUUGAACUUGUAAAUACCAGUGCAAAUGGAGAGAUGAACAACACAUGGGUUAAGGUUCCCUAUGGCCAGGAGGUAGAGGGCAUGAACAUAUUGGGGUUGGUGGUUUUUGCCAUCGUUUUUGGAAUUGCACUUAGAAAGCUGGGCCCUGAAGGAGAAAUUCUUAUUCGAUUCUUCAACUCUUUCAAUGAGGCUACUAUGGUUUUGGUGACGUGGAUCAUGUGGUAUGCCCCACUUGGUAUCAUGUUCCUUGUGGCAGGCAAGAUUGUGGAGAUGGAAGAUGUUGUCCAGCUUUUCACCAGUUUGGGGAAAUACAUAUCUUGCUGCAUUGUUGGGCAUAUCAUACAUGGACUGCUGGUACUUCCACUCAUCUAUUUUGCCUUUACUCGGAAGAACCCAUACCGCUUCCUGUGGGGAAUUGUGAGUGCACUUGCAACAGCAUUUGGGACAUCCUCCAGUUCUGCCACACUUCCACUGAUGAUGAAAUGUGUAGAGGAAAGGAAUGGUGUUUCCAAACAGAUCAGUCGGUUCAUUCUUCCUAUUGGAGCCACAGUGAAUAUGGAUGGUGCUGCUCUUUUUCAGUGUGUAGCAGCUGUAUUUAUUGCCCAGCUUAACAACGUCUCCCUUGACUUCAUCCAAAUCAUCACCAUUCUUGUGACAGCUACAGCUUCCAGUGUUGGAGCAGCUGGUAUCCCUGCCGGGGGCGUUCUGACUCUUGCUAUAAUCUUAGAAGCUGUGAGUCUUCCAACAAAUGACAUUUCACUUAUCCUGGCUGUGGACUGGCUGGUUGACCGCACAUGCACUGUACUAAAUGUGGAAGGUGAUGCCUUUGGCGCAGGGCUCCUCCAAGUAUACAGCGACCGGACAGCCUCAAGUAGUGAGGGGACAGAGCUGGCAGCAGUACAAGUUGAAAUUCCUGGAGACCAUCCUGAAGGUGACCCACUCCUAAAAAAGCACGCACCGUUAAUCAGCGAUGGUGCAAGUGCCCUGGAAAAGGAGUCUACCAUGUGAGGAACUACUGACUGCAGAAGGACCAUGUUGGUUCAACUGUCAGUGCAGAACCCAAGGACUGAUCCAAUUCUGGGCCUGGGGUUGGACAAAUUGUACAGCUCAAGGGCUUUUAUUUUUAUAUAUUAUUUUUUUAACUUAUGUUCACUGUUAUCAGGACAGUUAGGUACUCUCAGUGGAUCAGGUCAGUCCUUUUUUAUUUCUAACUUCUACUUUGCUUAAGUCUUAGAACAAGUUUUACUACCAGAAAAGAUGUACAUACUCAUGGGUGUUUUUAGUUGUGUUUGAAAUGUGGUGUAUAUUGAUGCUUUCCACCGUGCUCCAGAGCAAGUGUUACCUGGGCUCAGUCUGCCUUGUGGACAACUUUCUCACACCUAUGGGAGUGAUCAUAAACACUGAAUGAAAUGAAUGAAAUUUUAUUUUUUUCAUCAAGUUUUGCAAUAAUCUGUACUUCAGUGUGUUUAGACCCAGUCUUUUUAUGUUUUUGUGGAAUGUAUGAAAAUCUAACACAUUCAAUGCAAUUUAUGGGAAAAAGCACAUGGAUAUGUACCCAAAGGGACAGGCCAGGGUUUAGGAGCAUCCUUACCCUUAAACUGAAAGUAGAAAAUUUAACAGAUCAACUUAAAGUUAAAGGGGUAGUUUACGUUAAUAUUAACUUCUAGUGUGGUGUAGGCCAGUGGUUUCCAGGCUUUUUCUAGUUUAAGAUCCCUUAUGUCUGGGUCCCCAGUAUCUUAUAGCAAAAUUAAGUAUUGCUAUAUCACCCAUUCAGCCACCAUUCCACUAAUUUCUGGCAGCUAUUCUCUGCCCAAUCUCAUCCAAAAUGGCCUUCAAGCUUGGCUUCCAAGAAAAAAAAAAACAUGGGGCCAGGCACCCAGCCCCCUUCCCUUUUGUUUUGAGUUAUCGACUACCAGAUGUUCAGUUGCAGGAUCAAAGAAGCAGAAAAGGAAGGCUAAUCACUCAAAAACAUAGAAAACUAAAUGAAUAGUUGCUUAUGUCAGUCCAUCUAUGGCAUUUUAAUGUAAAGGUAAACUUCCCCCUUUUAUUUACUCAAGUGAGGAUAUUUCUUGAAGGGUCACUUAUGUGAGGUCAGUUUCCUCACACCCUGUUACACACAAUGCUGCAGGGAGCUGUGUCUUUAUACAGCCCUAAUGUAUGUAUGUUUUGAAUAUGUAUGUCUGUGUGUAUGGAUACUGUAUGUCUUUUGUGUGAGGGAGAAACCCCUGAUUUUAUGAAGUGUUUACUUAAUGGACCAAAUGAGAGCAUAGUUGUGCCAUUGCAUACUUUGUGUACAUAAGUACAUUUUAUGUUAUUUUACACAACUUAUUUGCAAUGGAAACACAAAUGACAGUUGAUGAAUAAUCACCACAAGAUAAAACAAAUCUGUUACAUGUUUCUCAGAGUAUACCGGGUAUGGCUAUAGAGCACACCAACCAAACAAGUCUGCCAGUGUACACAAGCGUGCAUGCACUAAUGGACCACAGAGGCUCUCAAGGGAAAUGAGGAUGUAUAGAACAUGAAGUAAUAAAAAUAUAAAUCCUC